AUGGCUUUGCUCCAAUACCAGGCGCCGGUCGACUACGCCGCCCAAUUGGAUGGCUUUAAGGAUUUUCUUCAGCAUUUCAAGACUCUCCAGUCGUCCUCGGAAGCUGCAGCGACCGAGGCCCUGGAGGAUCUGAACAUUGACGGAAAUCGCACCAGUGAUGAAUACGAUUUUAUGGACGACGCUGACGAUGGAGAGGGAGCCCAGACCCGUGGUGCGAGGAGGCGUCGUGAGCCGAAGCUCAAGUACAUGCAGAUUCUGCAGGAUAUCUCCAACCGCGACGCUUCCAACAUUGUGAUUGAGCUUGAUGAUCUGGACAUUUACGAGAAAUCCCUCCCCGAGGAGCAGCAGUCAUUGAACCUUGUCGGAUCAAUCCAGAAAAACACUAAGCGUUAUGUCGAUGUUUUUUCGCAGGCAGUGGACUCGGUCAUGCCAAAGGAGACUAAGGAUGUCACAUUCAAGGAUGAUGUCUUGGAUGUCAUCAUGUCGCAACGUGAUAAGCGCAACGAGACGUUGGAGAUGGCACAGGAGGCCGAUAUGGAUGCCGCAGACCCUGCCGCCUUGUUCCCCCCCGAACUCACCCGUCGAUACACCCUCAACUUCAAACCUCUUACUCCCUCCGGUUCCAGUGACGAUCGGGCUGGCAAGGCCCUCGCUGUCCGUAAUGUGCGCGGAGAGCACCUGGGUAGCCUGAUCACUGUGCGCGGCAUCACUACUCGUGUCUCUGAUGUCAAGCCCGCCGUUGAGAUCAAUGCCUACACCUGUGACCGCUGCGGCUGUGAAGUUUUCCAGCCUGUCAAUACGAAGCAGUUCCUUCCUCUCUCUGAGUGCUUGUCCAACGAGUGUAAGACGAACAACUCCAAGGGUCAACUGUUCCUUUCCACCCGAGCUUCCAAGUUUGUUCCCUUCCAGGAGGUCAAGAUCCAAGAAAUGGCAGACCAAGUGCCUGUUGGUCAUAUUCCCCGCUCCCUUACUAUUCACUGCCACGGUGCCCAGACCCGGCAAUUGAACCCUGGUGAUGUCGUUGACAUUGCUGGAAUCUUCCUGCCUACACCCUACACUGGCUUCCGCGCCAUUCGUGCCGGUCUUCUGACGGACACCUACUUGGAAGCCCAGCACAUCACCCAACACAAGAAGUCUUACAACGACAUUGGCAUGGACAGCCGGACCUUGCGCAAGAUUGACCAGCACAUGAAGUCCGGCCAGAUGUACGAAUAUCUGUCGCGAUCUAUCGCUCCCGAGAUUUUCGGACACCUCGACGUCAAGAAAGCUUUGCUAUUGCUCUUGAUCGGUGGUGUCAGCAAGGAGAUGGGUGAUGGUAUGCACAUUCGUGGCGACAUUAACAUCUGCCUGAUGGGUGACCCCGGUGUGGCCAAAUCCCAAUUGCUCCGUUACAUCACGAAGGUCGCUCCUCGCGGCGUGUAUACUACUGGUCGUGGUAGCAGUGGUGUCGGUCUCACCGCCGCCGUGAUGAGGGACCCUGUCACAGACGAAAUGAUGCUGGAGGGAGGUGCUCUGGUUCUUGCAGACAACGGUAUCUGCUGUAUUGAUGAAUUCGAUAAGAUGGAGGACUCCGAUCGUACCGCCAUUCACGAAGUGAUGGAACAACAGACCAUUUCCAUCUCGAAGGCUGGCAUAAACACCACCCUAAACGCUCGCACAUCGAUCCUGGCCGCGGCCAACCCCCUCUAUGGCCGUUACAACCCUCGCAUCUCGCCUGUUGAGAACAUCAACCUCCCCGCUGCUCUCCUCUCUCGUUUCGAUGUGAUGUUCCUCCUUUUGGACACCCCUACUCCGGAAGGUGACGAAGAGCUUGCCGCCCACGUUACCUAUGUCCAUAUGCACAACAAGCACCCCGAAAACGAAGACGCUGGAGCACGCACCUUCCGACCUGUUGUGCCUUCUAACGUCUCUGACUACAUGGUCGGCGCAUAUGUGGCUAUGCGCAAGAGACAAAAGAAGGACGAGGCAAACAAGAAGCAAUUCUCCCACGUUACCCCUCGUACUCUCUUGGGUAUCGUCCGUCUCUCGCAAGCACUCGCUCGUCUUCGCUUCAGCGAGGAGGUUGUCCGCGAGGAUGUUGACGAGGCUCUGCGUCUCAUCGAGGUCAGCAAGGCCUCUCUGUCCAACGAUGGCGAAUCCGGUGCCGACUACACCCCCAGCAGCAAGAUCUACAAGUUGAUCGGUACCCUGCGGGAGAGUGGAGCCGCCGCAAUGGGAGAUGGUGACGACAGUGAGAUGAGUGUCAGACGUAUUCGUGAGCGUGUCUUGGCCAAGGGCUUCACCGAUGACCAGCUUACCACCACCCUCCAAGAAUAUGCCGACCUUGGUGUCUGGCUUAUUACUGGCGAGGGCUCGCGCCUCAUGUUUGUCGAGGGCGACGACGAGAUGGUCGCCUAA